GCAUCAUCCGAGCAAACUACCCGAAGGCUAGAUCCAUGACGUCAGAGCUCAACCGAAUCACAGUGCAGUGGGCACAGCAAUCUCUAUCUGUGUGUGUUACUCCCCCGCCUCUCAUCACACACAUACAUAACGCAUACCAAACAUGUUUUAUCAUGGAGCCUUGAAGGAGCAGCCAACCAGGAAAGAAGGGCGCAAAAUAAAAGCUUGACAAUCAGCACUUUGACGGCGGCCGCGGAAUGUACGCCCAAUACUGUACACUACAGUCGUAAAGCAAAAACCUCUGGUAUUUUAUACAGGCGACAAUAAUACCCGUUGUACUAUAUCUCUCGCUGGCUUGAUUAUUUUGAAGCCUAUAGUCGGUGGUUUUCGGGUCAAGGCACGGCCAGGGCUCAAGCCGUCGAGAUGCACGGUGGCUGCUGCUGCAGCCAACCACUGCACCACAACACCGAAACGGGCCCAGUUCUAUCAUGGUUUUCAAACGGAGAGCGAGGAGGAUGCGUCUUGGGCUGGGGUGCUAUCGGGUGGGGCCCACGUGGCUCUGGAAGGCCCUGCUGGUAUUCGUGGCCAUUGCCUUCGCAGGACAGCUCCUGGGAGUCAUCUACAACAAAAGCCUCCAGCAGGACAGGUCGCGGUGGUUGUUCUCGUCCGAUGGCCAGGGCCCGUCUCUGGGCUCCUGUCGGCCACGCAGCCACGUCAUGUUCCUGAAAACCCACAAGACAGCCAGCAGCACCGUCCUCAACAUUCUCUACCGAUACGGAGAGGAGAAGGACCUGCGCUUCGCCCUGCCUCUGGGGUAUCAGUUCGGCUACCCCCUCUCUUUCAACGCCCACAGGGUCAAAGGUUACAGAGGGCCACAUGUGGCAGAUUUCAGCAUCAUGGGAAACCACAUGCGCUUCAACAAACCAGAGGUAGGGAAGGUGAUGCCAGCCGACACCUUCUAUUUCUCCAUCCUUCGUGACCCUGUAGCGCUCACCGAGUCGUCCUACGCCUACUACAAAGCCGUUGCCCCUGCCUUCAGGAAAGCCAAAGGCCUGGGAGACUUCGCCGACAACCCCUGGAAGUACUACGACCCCCGUCUCCGUAACAACCACUACGCUCGCAACCUGCUGUGGUUCGACUUCGGCCUGGACCACAACGCCAACUUCUCCACCACACUGGCGCAACAAGGUGAAGUGGCCAUCCGACGUGCCUUCAAACUCAUCCUGGUCUCGGAGCACUUCGACGAAUCCAUGGUACUGCUCCGCCACGCCCUCUGUUGGCCUCAGGACGCUGUCGUCUCCUUUAGCCUGAACGCCCGUCAGCAAAAGUCCAGUGGAGGCAGCUCCUGGGUGGAUAAAGCGGCCGCUGCUCAGCCCCCCGCCUUGGCUCUCACAGACAACCAACGCCAGAAGCUCCGGGAGUGGAACGCCCUGGACUGGCACCUCUAUCAGGCGUUCAACCGCUCCUUCUGGGAUGAAGUGGAUCGCUUUGGGAGAGCCAGAAUGGACCAAGAGGUCGUUCUACUCCGGACCCGCCGGGAGUUGCUGGCUAAGGCUUGCCUGAGGGAAGGUGGGAGGCCGGUAGAGGCAAGCCGCAUCCGGGACAAGAACAUCAGGCCCUUCCAGAGCGGCUUUGUGAAGAUCCUAGGAUAUGAGCUCCAUCCUGGGCUGGACAACGCUACCCGUCAGGCCUGUCUGAGGAUGAUCAGGCCAGAGAUCCAGUAUAAAGACCUGCUGGAUGCCAGGCAGUUCCCCAGGGCAGCUCCCCAGCCUGCCCAGGCUCUGCCCCCAGCUAUCCCUGCUGGGAGAGCCCACGUAAGGAAAGGCCCCUCCUCCCAACUCCGGACAGGAGAGCUGGGAGUGGAGGGAGGAGGGUAGAUGGGGGAGGAGAGGGACUGGGAUGGGAGUCGGUUAUCUCAUAGUAAUAAUAAUAACCAAAAAUUGGUGCGAGAUGGAUUAAGAAGAGGUGGAAGAGAGGGGAAAAGGAACAUAAGAUAGUUUUCCAUCCAGAAUUAAUUCCAGGUGGGGAGUGGAUAAGACUAAACCCUGACUGAGCCUGUGUACUCGUACUCAAGCACUUGUUGAGUAUUUCUAUUACUCAAGUACUACUGAAGUACUCCAAAAGACCCAUUCUCCCUCCAACCCUGCUGUACCUCCACUUUAUUGUACAUUCCCUUUUUUCUGGCACGUCUUAUGACUCCUUUAUGAACGGUUAUGACUGGUUAUAACUCCCUUAUGUUCAUAUUGACUUUGUAAGGGUGCGAAUUAUGGGGAAGCUUCCCUGAAUGACACAUGAGCUCCUUUAAAGGUAACAAAAGUCCCCCCCAAUUUUUUUUUUUUGGGAGGGGGGGGUUGAUAAUUUGACCUAGACACGCACCGACAGCAAGACGCAUCAAUCUUACCGCUCAGUAUGUGUUGCCCAUAUAUCUGAUGCUGUCGGGACCAAACAAGUAUGACAGGGGCGGCGUUUCUCACGCUCUGAUCCGUUCUCUGGUGAGGUACAAGUAACUGCCAAAAUAAAGGAAACCUCAACAUCAAGUGUCUUAAUAGGGCGUUGAGCCAGAACAGCUUCAAUGUGCCUGCCGCCGUGGCAUAGAUUCUGGAACUCUAAGUGUCUGGAACUCUAUUGGAGCGAUGUGACACCAUUCUUCCAUGACAAAUUCCAUAAUUUGGUGUUUUGUUGAUGGCGGUGGAAAAUGCUGUCUCAGGCAACACUCCAGAAUCUCCCAUAAGUGUUCAAUUAGGUUGAGAUCUGGUGACACACACACACCCUUUAAACCCCCUAUGCUCAUUUGAGACCUCUCUUUCAAAGUCACUGAGAUCUCUUCUAGUCAUGGUAGCCAAAAUAAUGGGCAACUGGGCAUUUCUAUACAUGACCCUAAGCAUGAUGGGAUGUUAAAUGCUUAAUUAACUCAGGAAGCACACCUGUGUGGAACCACCUGCUUUCAAUAUACUUUGUUCCCUCAUUUACUCAAGUGUUUCCUUUAUUUUGGCAGUUACAUGUAGAUUCAUUUUGCGAAUUGAAGGAAAAUUACUAAACUUAUUUUUGUAAUUUUCUUUUUAUUGUUCAAAUCUUUUGGGAAACAUGGCUUCCCUUGGCAUCCAAGAAUACACCCACUGUAGAAGGCCUAAUGACAAUCACCAAAUGUCAUUAUACUGAUGGUGUCUGUAGCAGAUGUCUCUUUCGAUUAAUUAAAUGGCGUGUGCAUAGUGCACUGUUUGGAUGCUGGAAUUAUUUUGGAGUGGAGGAACGUGCUCAGCCGUAGGUGGCCUACUUUUUGAAGUGAUAUGUUUGACAAUCAGAAGACAACUUCAUGACUGGUUGUGUUCAUGUCACAUUAAAAUGUAAUUUAUUUUUACAGUUAAAUGAUAAUAAUAUCUUUACUAUUAGGCCAAUAAAAAAUGUUUCCUAGUAGAGGCUCCCCAGAAUGUCACAGUAUAGUUCGGCCUCUGGACUUUAUGAACACUGUGGACGUGAAAUGGAUUUGCAUUGCAUUGUGGGCCAACUGUCGUUCAAAAAGUUUGCUUCUCUGCUUUGAGGUCCAACUUCUCUUGCACGAUCAAAAUGUUAGCAUUUUUGGGGUUUUAGAAAAAUAACUCGGCUUUUACCUUUUUCUUGAAUGCUAAUGUUAAAACAGCAAACAGGCAGCCAGCCAUAGCUACUGUAAAUGCUGGGAUAGGGAUGAUGUGAAUUGCAUGUUCUGACUGAGGAUCGGAAUGGAAUCCAUCCCUCUGAAUGCAGUGUGCCUGGCGUAGAAAAUGUAGUCCAUAUGAAGCAGCGGAGGCUGGUGUGAGGAGGACAGCUCAUAAUGGCUGGAAUGCAAUGAAAGGAACGGCAACAAUCACAUGGUUUCCAUGUGUUUGAUAGCAUUCUAUUCAUGCCAUUACAAUGAGCCUGUCCUAUAAUUUAAAGUGACACCAGCCUCCACUGAUACAAAGCCAGCAUUGAAGAGCAGUGAAUUUCACAAUAGGCCUUACUGUGAUGUCUUCUAGAGCGAUAGAUGAAAAACAUCUUAAAGGCCCAAUGCAGCCAUUUUUAUGUCAAAUAAUGUCUGGCUACCAAUUAAGUAAUAGACUUCUAUUAAAAAGGGCAAAAAUAGUUUGGGGGGGGGGGGGGUGGGUUGGACUGAACUAGCUGUUAUUGGCAGAGAGGAUUUUAACUCUGUUAUUAUCUAUUAAACAAUUUAUCCCAUGGUGACGUCACCAUGCAAGCCUGCUGAUUUAGAAGGUCCUGUGUAGAUAUUUUUUUUUUCGACCAGCCACUAUCAGGAAAUAACACUGAUAAUAAAAAUGUAAAAAACUUCUAUAGUGUUAGUUUCAUCAGCGGUAUCAAUUAUAUAACAUCAUUUUGACUGCACUGGGCCUUUAAUGUUAACACAUGGUACUUUGAUAGGGACCGACAUGUACUGUAUCUGAACUCAAGCACUGUGGUUGAAUGGAUAGCAAGUCUGACUAUGAACCUUUUUUUAGUGUCUUUUCAUACACUGUACAUACAGUAUGUAAAAUAGUAUACACAGUAUUUCCCUGGCUCAAUGGUAGGUUUCAGUGCAAGCUAUGAUUCCACCCCCUCACAUAGAUAUUCACAUGUAAAGCCUGAGUACGUCUCAUGCAUACCUUACAUACAAGAACACGUAUGUACAUCAUAUCUUACAUAAUAUAUACAUUUUAACACACACACACACUGUACUCUGUCAUGCUUGACAGCGUAAGUGAAUCAUGGAAGCUCAUUGAAAUGCAUUCUCACAUGUCUAUGUGGCACAGCCAGCCAGCCAGCACAAUUGGUGUCAGGUGACCAUGGGGUGCAUAUAUAAAGGUACGCCAUCUGGUGGUGUGGAGGUGUAAUGCUAUAGCCUGGUCCCAGAUCUAGUUGUGCUGUAUUAACCAACUCCUAUACUGAUCUUAGACCAGGCUAUAGCAAUACCACUGAGGCCACUGAGUACCAGAAUGUUAUUAUUGGUUGACGAUCUAACUAGUGUAAGAUACACACAGGUAUUAAUGUCUUUGGCGAACAAGCUGUGAUUUUUGGAGAGAAUCUGUGAGAGAAUCUGUGACCAAGUCAGUUUGCUGGUGUGACACAGCAUCUUUGAACAGAACAGAAUUUACCUGAAGCUUCUUUAGACAGCAGGGACACCCACAGCUAUCGAUUCCCUUUCCAUUCACCACUCCAGGUGCAGUGUAAUCUAUUUACAUUUUUUUUUUUUUUUUUAUCACUUAGGCACAUUUUUCAGAUGUAAGUGGUAUAUUUUCUAAGCUCUAUGUACAAAACUCUAAACUGAUAACACGUGUAAUGCCUCCUGUCUUAUGUUCAGAACCUUUGAUUGUGUAUUCAUUGAGGUUGCACACAUCUUUCACCCCAGGGUCAUUCAUGCCAAAUCAAAGUUUUCCAUAAAAUACAACAUUUAGUUUAGUCGCCAAUACAUCAGAUAAUGAUAGGCUCACCAUUUAGUAAUUUGAACUAACAUUGAAUCCAAUAGCAAAGAAUACAAGAUAGACAUUGUAAAAACUGUUAUUUUUGAAGUGCUGGUUAGAAAGAAUAGUAGAUUGUAAAUAUCUUUUUCCAUACAGAAUUUGACUAACUUGACAUGCACAAUUUUAGUUUCAUUAUCCUUAUACAGUACUACAGUACAUACAGUACGUAGGUCAAAUAAUCAGAUAUAGUGGUAUUGUAAACCAGUCGGCUACGGUAAAAACGUACCACGGUGUUGUAUUCCAUUUCUGCCCCAUGGAUAAUUGUACAAUAUCACCUUUUCUACAUGACUUGUCAACUGACACAGUAUCACCUGUCUCUCUGCUUGAAGUUCAUCAGCUUAAUGUAUCAAUGAAAUUCAGAUACUGGCUGGAAUGUAUUGUUAUAUACUGUAUAAUCCUAGGUAUUUCAGCAGUGCAUUGUACACUACGCUAUAAUGGUAGCACAUAGGGAGUCUUUCCACUUUGUCCUAUUGAAGCACACCGGCUGAUGGAGAAGGAGGAUGUAGUAUUUAAAGCCACAUCCAUACAUGAUUUGAAAUUGACAGUGUUCAGCCGUUAUCAAGCUAUACACGUUAGCUAGGCACUACAUCAUGUUGGUUCAGUAGUGAGCAGUUUGAUUAAGUAAUAGUUAAUUGUAUUGUUUGCAAUUGACAAAAUCAUAUCAAAAGUAAAGUGAAUAUUGCGUUUUGAAAAGCAGAUACUUAUAAUGAAUAUGCAUUCGAAUUGAAAGAGUGAUUCGGUGCAGUGAACAAGUGACACUGAAUUUGUUUGGUGCUCAGUCAAUGGAAAAUGUGCUUAGAGUUUUGAAAUAUGAGCCAUUUUGAUGAUCUGUUUUAGAUUUCUGUGCUUAGAGUUGUGAAAAUAUACCACAGACUUGUGAAAAUUGCACCAAAGGGAUUGAAAAAAACUGACUUGGUAUUACCAUUGUGAAAGUGGUGUCUGUUAGUGUGUGACAAACAGUCAAGGAAUUCAUUGCCCAUAAAACCUAGAACAUUUAUUACACAAUCACAUUGACACAUUAGCCUACUGCAGUUUUACAACUGUUAAAUUCACCUUUUAAGGAAAACCUGUUACGCCGUUCUGUUAUGAGGCGAGAUGUUUUAUCAUUUUAUUUCAUCUCAGUAUACUACACUCCGUUGGGUAACUGCCGUUUUUGUUGUUGAGUUCAGGCAGUUUACUCAACAGCAAUACAGUUGAUUCAUCCACAACUGAGAUAUAUUUUUAAAUGUAUUUCAACGGUUAGACUUGUAACCAACAAUUUCUAUUUUUAGUUUUAUCAACUGGUUACAUCAACUGCUAUGUCUUUCAUUGUGUCUAUGUUAUGAACUACGGUUAUGGUGGGCUUCUCAACUAAAAGCCCAUUUCACUGUCUCCAUGUUUGUAGUUUUUGAUCGUCUUGACCAAGACUCGGAGAUGGUGGUUUUAAGAGAAAAAGAAAAUGUUGAAUGACGAAGAUACAAACGCUAAUAAAAUAGUUUUUUUUUUGCCUUAAACUGUACAUUUUGGGAACAGGGCUUUAAAAAUGACAGUUUCUGUAUUUAUCAUUACUUUUUAAUAUUUCUUGUAUAUAUUGUAUGUAUUAUUUUAAGGUAAAUUUGACUGGAGUGCACUGUUUUGUUUAUUUAUUUUUACAUUUUAAGAUCUAAUGGAAACAUACACACAUUGAUACACAAUUUAAUUAUGUUGAUUAUCCCAUUUCUUUGAGACAUAAUUAUUAUAAUAUUAACAAUAUUCAAAAACACACAAUGUACAGUACGUGACCCAAGUUACCACGAUUAUGAAUUAUUUAUUCAUUAAAGCAAUGGCAAGAAUAUACACACACACACACACACACACACACACACAAAGCAGUGAGUGAUAUAGGUAAAUGUAUCUACUGACAAUACUGUAAGAAAUUGUCAUUUUGUUCCUCCAAACUUGUUAAUUUUUAAAGUGAUGGGAUUUACACUUCUUGAAAGCAGCCUGUAAGGCAACUCUACCCAUGAGGUUGAGAGUCUCACAGGCUACUUUCAAGGCAUCUUUGUGCAGAUUGCUAUGUCCGUACAGAAAAACCACAUGAUUUCCCAUGUGGAACAUUUCACGUGUCUUCACAUGUUGUCACGUGUUACCACAUUAACGUCUCAUACGAUCAUGCAAAUUCAUGUGGUUUUGGAACACCUAUGUGAAAUUCAUAUUUCUUUCAAUAAGGGUGGUACUGUGAUGAAGAUACUUUUCUGUUGCCCUCUCUACUAUUGACCUGAUACACUAUUCUCACAUGAUGGGAACCAUGUUACAUAUUGUAUGUCUGUGAGAAUGAAUGGUACUGUACACUAUUGAAAUAAAGGGUUUUUGUCUCAUGUA